GGCGACGCAAUGGCUGAAGAGGAUGAAACGCCUACGCCCACCACCCUUCGCCAGGUGAUGUGGGACGGGCAGAAGCACUUCUCAAGGUCCCUUCCGUGCGACUCAGAUGGCUCUCUAUUGUGUACAGAGGAGUCCUUCGAAGGCUCCGAUGAGAAACUGCUGGCCAUGCUCGGCGACAUGGCCAGAGGCGACCCUGAGCAGGACGCUCCUUCUCGUGUUCUGUUGGACGAGUGUGGAGCGCUGUGGGAAGAGGUGACCCAUGUGAAGACAGGAAAGGGAUCGCCUUCUGAAACAUGGGGCAACACGGUACACACUGAGGCAGAGGCACAGCGCGAGAUGCAGCUUCGGCUGCGGCGAGAGUUGCGGCAUCUGCAGGAGCGCAGCCAUCGGCAGCAUCAAGAAUCUGCAGCUUUCAUGCAGAGGUUGUCGAGUGCAAGAGAAGCUCUGGCAGAGAAGAUUCGAGAAGCGCGGAGCGAAAACGAGGAGCUGCGGAGGCAACUAAGACACGUCAAAGAGCGUGUGGGUUGCAACAGCUGCAGCCUCUCAGAGAGUAUACGAGAACUGAACGCUCAUGCUGCUGAACUGCAGGCAGAGAUCUGGGAGGUGAGCGACUGCCAGGUGAACCUUGUGGAUCAGCUCCAUGAGGCCUCCGAAACACAGGCGCGACUGCAGGCCGAGCUGCAGCGAGAGCGCGUCAAGACAUGGCGUCAGUCCACCGAUGUGGUGAUGGCAUUUGCUGGAGGGAAGGACAUGAAAGAAAUCGAACGCGAAGAAUCUGAAAGGCAGCUCUUGGAGGCUCAACUGGCAGAGGUGGCAGAACGUGCCGCUGCAUGCGGAGUGCCUCCGCUACUCGAGCAGGAUCCUGAAACAGCAGAAGCCACGCUGGCGAUGUAUGGAGACGUCGAGGUGCCAUUUUCAACGGUGCAAAGAUAUUUGGAAGAGAUGGAGGAGCUGCGAGCUGAGUUGCAGACCUUGGAGCAAGGCGUUGGAUCCAACGACGGGGAGGCAGAAGAAAGACUAAAUUCGGAACAGGAGGAACUGUCUGCAUUGCAAGCAGAACUUAUCGACGCUGAGGCCCGCGCGGAGAGCAGCAAGCAAGACCUCGAAGAGGCGACCUCCUUGUUUUCGACGCUGCGAGUCGAGGUGAACAGCGAGCAGGAUGUGCUGCGACAAGCAGAGCAAGCGGCUACAAGCAGACGGGAUCUCUUCCGCUCGCAGGUGGAAGAGAAGCGAAGGGAGUUGCUGAAGAUGCAGGAAACAACUGACACUCUGAUUGAUGACUUGAAUACAAAAGGCUGCUUUUGGAGUUUGCGCCAGGAAGUUCCCAAGGAAGUCCACGCUGAAGGUCGACAUCACCCGACGCGACUCCGUUUCACACCUUAGGUGAAUCAAUGCUAGAAAGCGCCGUGAGCGCGAGCCAAGACAGGCGUCAACUGAUCAAAA